AUGCAUCAGGCAUGGGCGCUGCUCAGUGACGAUGGCAGUAGCUCAGAUGACUCAGAGCAAAGCGUGGAUGUGGCCUUUCUUAUUGAUUGUAUCUUGUAUGCGCUGGUGGCGUGCGCAGCAGGGGUCCAGCUCGUGCGCAAUUUGUGCCGUUACCGCCCAUGGACAGUUCAAAAGAUGAUACACCUGCUCAUGUUCUUUGCGGCUUUUGUGCGCUCAGUGUUUUUGGCAUUGAUUGCUUCGAAUUGGUGCGAUGUGUUGAGCGGAGAGGUCAGUAUUGCCAAUUGCUCGACUAGUGAGCGAGAUUGGUUUUACAUCAUGGACCAAGUGCCAAUUCUGGCCUUUUUUGCAAUAAAUGCGCUACUGGCUCAAUUUUGGGCGGGUGUGUACUACAACGCAGUGGACCAAUUGGCGACGCAGACAAAUGUAGUUAAACCUGCAAUACGAUGGUUUGUUGUGGUGGUAAUGAUAAUUCAAGGACUCUUCUGGGUAUUUUACGCUUCUGUGUGGCGAAACGAGCGUGCAUUCUUUACGAGAUCACAAGCAGUCUUGAACAUGGAAAUCUUUAUGAUUAUAGCUAUCGGAUUUAUUUAUUAUGGUCGAAAGGCUUACCUUCAACUGCGAUCUGUGCCAGUGGAGCUUAAAAUUCGAUCGAAAAAGCUUAAUGAACUGGCAACUAUGACCUCAAUCGGCACGUUUUGUUUCAUGACUCGCUGCGGGUUGCAGAUCUUUUUGUCGACGGAGAAAAGACAGUUACAUGAUCAUAGCACGUGGCUUGUAGUCGUAGUUUACUACGCUCUAUUAGAAAUCGUGCCGGCGCUAUCAGUGCUCUAUUUCAAUCGUCGACUUCCUAUCCGCCGGAGACCCUCAAAGGCAAGUCCCAUUCGAGGUGGCACGCUUUUUCUUAGCCAGGGUAUUGGCAUCGAUAGUGCAACGGACCGAGAAGAUUCGAUGAGAAAGAGUUUGCUUCGCGGGUGA